AUGGGAAUCAAACUCAGCCGUGAUCAUUCAAAUUCCGCCUUCCACGACAGUAAUUACCACCAAUACUUUGAAGAUCAGAAGAUUAAGACAAAGAUCGGUGACGACACGAGGAGUAAAAAUCAGCUAAACAACUUCAAGAUCCCACUUCAUUAUCCAAAGUAUACAAAGAGUGAUUACGAGAAAAUGCCAGAGUGGCAACUGGAUCAGCUUUUGAGAGAGUAUGGCUUGCCGAUCAUCGGAGAUUCCAACGAGAAGAGGAAGUUUGCCGUCGGAGCUUUUCUCUGGUCGCCGGAGAAGGAGCACUAG